AUGGAGCAACAACAACAGUCCUUCACCGACGCGCCCGAGCUGUAUUCGGCACAGUGGGUUAACAAUGACCAAAGGCAGCAGAGGAGCCUUGCGCCUGCGUCCCGGAUAACGCCCGAGGAGAUGAUGCUCCACGCUGCUGCAACCCAGAUACAAAACGCCCGCGAAUAUUCCAUGCCUCCCGGAAUGGCUGCGUCGAUGAGCCAGACGAGCGCGCACAUGAGCCAUUCCAUGUCGUUUCAGCAGCACGCCAUGACGAGACAUCCCUUGCCGUCCGAAAGCUUUGCCAACAACAGCUUCACUGAUGACAGCCAGAUGAUAGAUCGCGACGAAGACGGUGACUCCUUGGCGGGAGCGAUGGGCAUGCAAAAAUCGAGCUCCGCCAGGUCCAGUGCUAACAAUGAGUUGGAGAUGCGUCACCUGUUCAACGCAAACAAGCACCGCGGCUUGCAGGAUGUUGCCAGCGAACUGCACGGCAAUGAGCGAGGGCCUAACUCCGAACGUACCCGACAAGUCUUCGCCAUGCUCUGGAUCAACUCAGUAUGCAGCAAGGGCAAGGGAUCUGUGCCGCGAGGCCGCGUAUAUGCCAACUACGCGUCCCGGUGUGCUACCGAGAGGAUCACCGUCUUGAACCCUGCCAGCUUCGGUAAACUUGUUCGCGUCCUGUUCCCUGGCCUCAAGACCAGGCGACUUGGCGUGAGAGGAGAGUCUAAGUACCAUUACGUCAACUUUUGCCUGGUUGAUGACCAACCUGACCUCCGCGAGCCCGAGCCUCACAUCCCCGUGGCCAUAUCCGAACCCACCCGUUCCCAGAGCUUUAGCGCUGUUCCCCCCAAAUCUCAGCCAGCGAAAGCCGUUCUGCCGUCGCCCGAUGUCACUAAGCGGCCAGAGAGCCCAGCUCAAGCCUCGCAUGGCCACUCAAGAUCACAUAGUUUCUACAGUCAUCCGAACGUGACCAGUGCGGAUCAUUUGAACUCGUCUACCACGAAAACAUCGCUCCAAUUCUCAUUCCCUUCGGAAGCGGAUGAGGCCCUUCUUCAAUCCACCGAACCUCUUGUGCUACCCCGGAUGGAGCCUUUCUUACCUAAUGGAACUGACCCCGAUGCUGCGAAGAGCCUAUCUGCUCUGUAUAGGUCGCAUUGCACCUCCCUCGUCGAGUGCGUUCGCUACUGCAAGGAGAAGACUUUUUUCCAUCUUUAUACGUCCUUCCAGGGCACGUUGACAAUGCCAGUGCAGAAGCUACUUGGCCACCCUAGUCUCGCCCCCUGGGUUGAAGAAUGCGACUUCAUUCUCUAUCAACGCAUGCUUAGGAUCAUCUCCGGCCUCACCCUCCAGGUCGUGCCCAAACCGGUUCUUGACACGCUACGUAACAUCUCGGAGCGACUCGUGCCCCAUAUUCGGGAAGCUUUCCAGGGGCAGCCGCACCACGUUAUUCGGGCCAAGGAGGCGCCAGCGACCAUAUUCGCUGCUCUGUUGGACCGAGCCCUGAGAGUCAAUCUCACCGCCCAUGCGGCGGCCAACAUGUUGUCGAACCCGGCCAAUCGCGACCAGAUGUACCUCGACUGGAUUACCAUGGUGCGUGUACGCAAGGUGGCCGAGUGUGUACCUACUCGGGGCAUGGAUGACCUCGUCAGCUUGCUCGUCUCCGAACUUCGGGACCUCCUUAGCCCUCAGAACGUACCCUGGGAGGUGGAGUGCUUGACUGUUUACGGCGACAUUGCCCUGAGAAACGGCCGCCAACCGGAUGCUGAGAGCACAGGAGAGCACAACGGCCAGAACGUACUGGAACGCUGGGUCGGCUUCCUCAAGUCACUACCAACGCGGUUUCCUUAUGCGUCACACACAGAGAUUGUUUACUCGGUUCAAAGAGUUGGCACGGCAGUGAUGCGGGAUCUUACCAUGGCCCAGGGUAAGAGCUUCGGUUCUUGGUGGGUCACCAAGUGCUGGAUUGACGAGAUGACCUGUUUCCUCGCCGAGCAAGGCGGGUUCCUACAGAUGAGGACAUCUGGCGCAUCGGCGGCUCUCGUCAACACCCAGUCGGCUACUCAGGAGGCGAGCCACCAAGGGUCUCGGUAUAGCACCGGCGGCGAAGAUUUCAACUUUUCAAGCCUCCCCCAAGCACAACCUGACAAGGCGCCGUUUCCGCCAUCAACGAGCCAAAGUCAGGUUGAUUCCACGGGAAACAACCCGGAUGACAGUGGAAUCGGCAUCCGGACACCGGAGGAGGACUUCCCCAUGGAAAAAUACACCUUCUCACACUCGGAGGUCAACCAAGCACUACUUGCCAACGCCGAUUUACAACAAUGA